GAAAGUUAAAGUAGUUAGUUAAAAGCAGAGGUCUUGAAGUCCACAAGUCUUAAAGUUGCCAAGGUUGGAGACCCCAGAGUUAAAGUACAACCAUGCGGUUGUAAACCCACUUCUUUUAGAGUAUAUAACUCAUUUUGACUUUUUCAACCUCCACGGAUGCCCCUGAUGAUGCUGACAGCAAGUGGCCAUAACUAAUAUUGGGAAUAGCAAAAAAUGGCAUCAAUCCCACCCCAAUAACAUAAACAGCAUAAAAUAGAACCAUGCAAAACCCUGUGUUGGCAGAAGCAGGAGAAAAUCUGCAAUGCAUUCAUUGUGGGCAUAAUCAGCAAGGCAGAAGUUGUGCGUUUGGAAUAGCAGCCAAAGCCGGUGCAACUGUUUGUUAUCUGUAACAAUAUUGUCAUUUUACAGUAAUAUAGUAUGUUAUUAGGGUAUGCGAAAUAAUAACACUUUCCCACAGAAGCCUUUUUUCUAUACAUCUGUUUGUCACAAAAUAUCCACUAAAGACAAAUAUUCUAGGAACAAUGAUUCUUAACCAAUAAUACUAUUUGUCCAGGUGUACUCCUAUUCUACUCUACUCUACUCUAGUGUGUGCGUGUGUACAUAUGUGUACACACACUUCAGAACUAUAGUAUCUCAAGCCUUCUUGUAUAUUGAGAAGUUGCAAGAGAAGAUGCAAUAGAUGAGGCUCAGUACACAGGAUUUUAGUUUCUUUUGCAUAUUCAUAGGCUCAUCCAACUGGUUGGCUGUUCUUGAUUUCCCUCACUCCCUGUGAUUCUGAUACAGUGAUAACGGGAGGUCUUUGUUGACAGCUCUGCCCUUUUCUCAUUUAGCAGCAGGCUUCAGAUGCUUUCAAAGGACAAGGAAACCAAGAUUCCAUGUUCAAAAUGUCCAGAAGUCCUGAUAAAUUCCAAAUACUAGAGAUAUAUCCAAGAAGAUAAAUGAUACAGUGAAAAAUCAGUUAAUCCUAUUACUCUGUGAAAGAUUGCUUUCUUCAUAUUCAUCUACAAACCUCUCUUUAAGAAUGUUUUAAACUUACUAACUUGGGAAAAAUGUAACAUUUAAUCUACCAACACAUAGAUUAGCCUAUUUUAUUUGCAGAGUCCUCAAUAUCUGAUAGUUUGUACUAGGGGUGCUAUUCAGCAGGUUCUGACAGUUUCUAGAAAACCAGUAGCAGAAACUUUGAGUAGUUCGGAGAACUGGCAAAUACCAUCUCUGGUUGGCCCCAGACUGGGGUGGGAAUGGAGAUUUUGCAAUAUCCUUCCCGCAGGAGUGGGGUGGGAAUGGAGAUUUUGCAGUAUCCUGCCCCUGCCAGGCCCACCAAGCCACACCAUGCCCAAGCCAUGCCCACAGAACCAAUAGUAAAAAAAAUUGAAUUCCAUCACUGGUUUGUACACUGACAGUUAAUCACAUAUGUGCUUAAAUACUAGAUAAUAUAUUUUACUUUUUCUUUCUGCUCCAGAUUCCUAGCUAAUUAAAGUAUUAAAGUAAACAAAGUCUCAAGGCAUCUGUGGUCUCAGAAUCGAAAGUUGUAUCUCCCGCUACAAUUUUCACUGUUUUACUGGAUAUCAAAUCUUUGUCCUAAAAGAAGAAAGAGAUAUGAAUGUGAAUAGUAUUGCUAAUCAAUAUAAUUAUAUUCCUAGUUCUGUAUGUGUAGAUGGACAAAAAGGAGAGUUUUGUACUGAAGGAAAUUAUUCUUUUCGCCCUCCUUAUUAUGAAUCUAUUAUAUCACAUCUUCUUAAUCGGUCAGAAGUAAAUAGCGAAGUAGACAUAAGCUUUCUUCUCCCCUGCUCACAGAAAACUGAGCACCCAUCUUCUAGGGAAGCUAUUGCCAUGAGUCCAUUGCCUACCUAUGGUUUUGGUAACACAAACCAAUUCCAUAAUGAACAACUACAAGCUAAGAGAGCUAGAGUGGAAAAUAUUAUCCAGGGAAUGAGCAUCAUGCCAAAUCCAUUAGUGUCUGGUACUCUGGAGGAACAGGAUCACACUUUUGAAAAAGGAAAGGAAAACAGUAGACAGAACAAGAGGAAACAGAAACUUCCCCAACAGCAAAGUUUGCCAGGAAUUUCCCUAACAAGACCGCCUAGAAGUAGCAUCUCAGCAGAAGAAUUCCUUCAGCUGAAGAAACAGCUCCAUGCUUUGCAACGUCAGUUGAAGCAACUUGGAGAGAGGUUUCUUCAACAUGAUGAGGAAAAUGAUUCUAAUCCAAGCCAAGAAAGUAUAGAGAGAACUAUGGGCUUGUUGAAGAUGUAUGGUGGGAAAAUAGGCACCAACAGUCAAGUGUUGUGUUGCGACCAGCAUAAAGAUUAUUUAUGGAAAAGCACACCCAGAGUAAGAGACCUUGUGCUGUCAGAGAAAGAAGAUACAGACAUUCAAAAUUUGGAAGAAAAAGCACUUUCAGAAAUAUUAAAACAAGAAUUAACACAGGUAAUGACACAUGCUGUAGAUUCAGUUUUGGAAAAGAUCUUGCCUAAAUCAUCAAGCCUUCCAUCUCAGUUGCCCAAUAAUUCCAUAGGGACAGCUGUUGGAAGAAAUAUACCCAGUAAGUGGCUGCCUAAGAUUUCUUCUUCUAAAGAUCCUAUAUCAUUAAUCACAGAAAAAUCUCCAAGCUUUCCUAUUCACCCCAUCCAAACAAAAACGGAGAGAAAACCUUGCCAGGCACCAGAGAAUUACCCCUUGAUCUUGACCUCUGAAGUUCAAGAAAAUGGCAUUCUUAGUCAAAUGUUAUUCUGUGGUCAAAAAGGCCAUUGGAAUAGUCCUCCUCCAAGAAUGGUAUAUCCUGAGUCUUUAGAAGUGCCAUGGCAACCAAUCAAACUGAAGUCAUCAGGGAUGAAACAACAAUUUCCACCUCGCUUGGAAAGUUUGGCUUCUCUUCCUUCUACAAAUGCAAUGCUUGCUGAAAUGCAUGCCAUGGUAGACGGAGUGUACUUCUCAGCAAGAAAUAUAUCCUUUAGGGAUUAAAUCCAGGAAGCUUUGACCCCAGGCCAUCUGAAAAAGGCUAAACUGAUGUUCUUCUUCUCGCGCUAUCCCACAUCUUCCCUGUUGAAAGCUUAUUUUCUAGAUAUACAGUUUACUCGCUGUAUCACCUCCCAGCUCAUCAAGUGGUUUAGCAAUUUCCGUGAAUUUUAUUACAUCCAGAUGGAAAAAUUUGCAAGGCAAGCUCUCUUGGAAGGAAUUACAGAACUCAGUGAUCUUAUUGUUACCAGGGACUCUGAGCUCUUCCGGAUCCUCAAUAUCCAUUACAACAAAGGGAAUGAUUUUGAGGUUCCUGAUGGUUUCUUGGAUGUUGCCAGUCUGACCCUUCAGGAGUUCUUCAGUGCUAUUAGAGCAGGGCGGGAUUUGGAUCCUUCCUGGAAAAAACCAAUUUACAAAAUAAUUUCCAAGCUUGAUAGUGAGAUCCCAGAUGUAUUUAAAUCCUCUAACUGCCCUAAGGAAUUCACCCAAGAUUAAUGUACAAUGAUCAUGGCAUGUGACUGAAAUGAUUCCACAUUUACUGUUGUGCAAGUUUUGACUGUAUACUAACACAAUUGAAAUCUGAAUCAACAGAGAAAGCACGAUCAGUAUUCUAAUGUUUUAUAAAUAUAUGAAAGGGACAUUUUGGGAUUGUCUACAGAAAGGUUCUCUGGUCUAUCCCUUAGUUGUAUGUUUUAUUACUUAUUUAUUAAUCAAACUAUAUAAGCAAACAUAUAGCUGCCUGUCUAUCAAAAGGAACACUCUGCAGUAACAGAACAUAGCACCGUACACUAAACAAGACAAUGAGCUCCAAUAAAAGUUGCAAUCAUUUAUCUACCAUCUCCUCCAUUUACUCCAUCACUGGAUCCAUCCUGGAUUCAGUACUUGGGAGAAAAUCCAAGUCUUCACUAUUUUUCUGAAGGUCAGCUGGGUUGGGACUAUCUGUAUAUCUGGGGAGAGGCUGUUUCAUAAGUCAGAUGCCAUGCAGAGAAGGCAAGCCCCACUGAAGCCCUACUAGGCAACACCUUUUCAUCAAGGAUCGUUUUCUAAAAUCCUUCUUAACCUCCUUUGAAAGAGAAUGCGGAGCCAAGCUGCAGUGUGAUCAGUCAAUAGUAUGAUCCAAUAAAUAAUAAAUAUGAUGCAUUUCCUUGAAAUCUACUCAAUUACCGUAAAUGAUUAUAAGGUAAUACUUCUGUACAAUUAUCUAAUAAACUCAAAUCACGGUGGUGUCAUGGGACAUAUCGGGACUUUUUUCUCCCUUUGCUAAACUGGGUGUGGGUGUGGCCAGUGCGUAACGCAUUUGGCCUACAGGCUGGGAGUUUGACAGCCCUGAUCUAAUAGAUCCAUUUAAAUUCUGUUAUUUUAUUCUCAGAAUAUGCAUCCUUAAAAUACUCUGUUAUCAGUCUGAAUGGAAUUUAGGCACACUCUACUUUUCUUCAAUGGUCCUAACAGCUUUUAUAGAACCCUUAGCAUAAUGAGCUACCUUUAGAAAACUAAUGUUUUAAAAGAAGGGGCAACACAUUUAUUAUUAAAUAAGCAUCUACAUCAUGGGUGUCAAAUUCGUGGUGUCAUGCUGUUACAUUAUGUUUUUCUCAUUCAUCGAGCUGGGGUGGAUGUGGCCUGCGCAUUACGCAUCCGGCCUGUGGGCUGCCAGUUUCACACUCCUGAUCUAUAUUAAAAUUUAUACCUUGUGCCACUCUUUCUAAAAACAUAGUAUUCUCAUUGAUUUCUGUCAUUUUUAUGUCUUCAUUUCAUGCUCAGGCCUUGAGUGAGACAACUUUAAUUCUUCCUAAGUUGUUAAAAUACUAUUUCCCUCCUAAGUCUGACAAAGCUCAAGCCUGAAGUUAUACAAAAUCUAUUAAGCUACUAAGGAGGGAAAUCAGGUGACUGGCAGGACUGGGAAAAGCAACACUAGAUGCAGGAAAUGGAUAUAUAAUAGGGACAGCUGAUUUCAUGCUGGUAUAAAAACAAUACUUACGGACUCAAGAUGAGUGACUAGAACUUUACCUCAACUGUGGGAAAAUACCUUUUGCUUUUAUAGUCUCCUUUGUCUGCAUCUCAUUCUCUGGUUCAUGUUUUAACUAGAAGAGCAGUCAGAGUACGUCAUCCUGGCCUAAUGACUCUAACUGGGAUCACAGAGUAACCAGGCCCUAUGCUAAUUACUCCCAUUUU